UGCUCGUUCGCGCGCUGCCAACAGGAACGCCGCGCCAUCCGCAAAGAGCUGCAGCGCUGGACCAAAAACAUGGUGUACAUCCUCGGUCUAGAACGGGUGGCGGAGGAGUUGAUGGGUCGAAGAAAAUGGAAACUAUGCCAGGACGCCUUAAUACCAAAACGGAGCGAGCCGGAGGCUUCGAGCGACGAGUCUAUGCCUGCCACCGACCCCCCUCCCGCGCUGAAGAUCAAGACCAUAGAGCAGAUCAACGACCAGGAGCGUCCGAAGGAGCCGGACAGGGAGGACUCCGAGAAACGGCGUCCGGAGACGAUCCUGGAGAGCCUGAUCAAGCGUCCGGCGACGCAGCCGAAGCUGGAGCUGCCGGACGAGCCUACGGACUGGAAGCCAGCGGACAAGUGCUACUUCUGCGUUGACGGGGAGAGGGGGGAGAGGGACGCGGCGGAGGGGCCGGCGGGCGGCGCGACCAUAUUCUACAAGUCUAAAAAAUAG